AUGUUUUUUAGCUCUAGCAACAGUAAUAUUAGCGAUGAAAAAAAUCUUUCAAAUGAUCCACAAGACCUAAGGGCUGAAGCAUCAUUAAAGCGUUCUUUAAAAGAGGCAUUUAUUUUCAACAAUACUUAUCAAGCAGAUUUACUUGAAAGUAUAAAUAAAAAGGGUAAAAUUAUCUCAAGCCAGCCACAAUCACAACCACCACAACUUGCAGAGAUCCAAGAAGAAGAUGGGCUGUUGUUACAAGGAUUGGAAAGGUCUGUGGGUGCAAUUAUCAAAACCUCGGCUAUCUCACUCUAUCCUAAUUAUUAUCAAGAUAGUACAUUGAAGCCAUCUAUUACGCUUGGUUUAAACAGUAUUUUGGAUUUAUCGUAUAAGUACUCAGAAGCUCAGUCAGUGUUAUUCACUCCUGAUCAGUGGAGAAAGCUGAGAACUUCACUUGCAAAAAAGGGGAAUGCAAGGUCACUUGAUAUAAAUCCAAAAGUCGAAAAGAUGCUGUGUAGAGCAGAGUCGUUAGCCGAAAAUGAUAUUAUUAAGGCCAGUGACUACAUCUACAAGUGCUUAUAUAGAAAAAAAAGCAAGUUAACACAAGACGAAGCUUUCACUCUGUUUGCCCAUGCUUUUAUAACAGAAUUUAUUGCUCAUAAUCAAUACAUGUUUGACAAAAGUAUUGAAAAAAAUGAGCAAGACUUUAUUGUCAAAUUCUGGGGUCCACUGUUGGAAAAGCUUGUGCAAAACACGGGUUUACGAUUAAGACGGGGCGAAAGCUCAUGCUCAAUUUUGCCAAACCGCCUGAGGGCUGACGUUCGCGUCAUUUACGAUAGGCAAGAAGGACAACAGCACCAAGAGCACGACAUGAUGCAAAUGGAAGUUAGUCGAAUGCAUCCUCCCAAGCAAAAGUUCGACUUCGACCAUACAAAAUUGCUAGUAGAAACCAAAGAUAUCAUUGACUCGCUGGAAAGUGACAUCAAGAGGGAAAUGAGCUGUUUUCCAUUCUGUGGGUUAGAAAUUUUUAAAUAUAGCCUUAGUCACAAAUUCAACACCCUCUAUGUCAACAACCAGGUUGAUUACGAUAUCAUUCCCUCUGAUGUCACAAAUUUCCAAUUCAUGAGAUCUUUUUGCGUUACCUUGGUAGCUACCCGAGAUGAAUGGAUGAGUUGUAGAAAACCUACAAUGAAUGCAAAGGACAAUGCGAAUGUUUUGUAUCCAAGCUCGACCAUCAAGAAAUUAACUAAGUCAGAUGGAUUAAAGAAAAGCCCAUCGUGGUACCCUCCCCGACCCAACAAAAGACAAUCCCCGUCAAUUUACAUUUAA